CCUCCUCCUCCUUCUCAGUGCGUGCAUGUGUGCGCGUGUCCGCCGGUGGCAGCUAUCGGUGUGUGUGGACGGAGCGGAGCUGCAGAGCUGGAGCAGUGAACAGGAGGGGACACACAUAGGGACAGAACCAGGGACACACAGAGGGACAGAACCAGGGACACACAGAGGGACAGACAGGGACACACAGAGGGACAGACAGCAGCGUUGUGGCGGUGAAACGUGAACAUAUAUCGGUGUGUUCGGUCUUUGUCCGGUCGGUUGCUGUGGAAAUAUUUUCUUCUUCUUCAUCUUCUUCAUCUUCAUGGAGCGGCCGGAAGCAGUUGAGUGAAGAUCUGAACAGCUCGUCUGACAGGCUCGUCAUCAUGUUGUCCGGGUGGCCCUGCCCCUUGACCCUCUUCCUCUUCCUCCUCGUCCAAUCGGCUGCGUCCUCUCUGUCCGCUGACAACACCACGGAUGACCUUCAGGAGGUGACCCUGGCGGCCAUCUUGCCUCUGACUAACACAGAUUACGCAUGGGCGUGGCCUCGCGUGGCGCCAGCGCUCCUCCAGGCGGUGCGGCGUGUUAACUCAGACCCCCGCCUGCUGCUGGGCCUGAAGCUGCAGCUGGUUCACGGCAACUCCGAGAACCGCGAGGGUUUCUGCUCAGACUACAUUGCACCACUGGUCGCCGUCGACCUCAAGCUAUUCAACGACCCCUGGGCCUUCAUCGGCCCUGGCUGUGACUACUCGUCGUCUCCCGUCGCACGCUUCACCACCCAUUGGGACGUUCCCAUGGUGACGGCCGGCGCUCGCGCUAUUGGUUUCAAGUCCUACACGGCGGUCACCAACACGGGCCCCACCCAUCAGAAGCUGGGAGAGUUUGGUGCAAAGAUCCAGGACACAUUUGGCUGGCGGCAGCAUACCAUGCUCAUCUUCAGCGACAAGAAGGACGCCAACGACGACCGGCCGUGCUACUUCGCUGUGGAGGGGCUUUUCACAGUGCUUGAGAAACACAACGUCACCAUCCACGACCACAUCAUUGAACCCGACAAUGUCAACUACAAGUUAGUAGUCCAGGAGAUCCGCGACAAUGGCCGAGUGGUGUACCUGUGCUGCUCCUGGGACAUCCUCAGGACUCUGAUGGUUCAGUUCUGGAAGGAGGGGGUGGAGCUGGAGGACUAUGUCUUCUUCUUCAUUGAUCUCUUUGCUGAGGGUCUGGGGGGGCCGGGCCCCGUCAGGCCUUGGUUCAGAGGAGACCAGGACGACUUCGCCGCCCGCCACGCCUUUAGGAGUGUGAAGGUGCUGACCUACCUGGAGCCUCAGAAUCCAGAGUAUCUUCAGUUCGUCGAAACUUUGAAGGACGACGCCAAGAAGAUGUUCAACUUCACCAUCCAGGACUCUCUGGUACCAAACACAGACUGCAUCAGUCCGUUCUGUCAGGGGGUCAGGGAGUUGGUCACGGGUGUCUACUGUCACACCAUCGUACAGGUGGAGACGCUGGAUGUGGAGGUCCUGACCUGGCAACCGGACCUGUAUCCUAGGCAGCAGGACCUGUAUCAAGGCAAACGGACCUGUAUCCUAGGCAGCAGGACCUGUAUCCUAGGCAACCGGACCUGUAUCCUAGGCAGCCGGACCUGUAUCCUAGGCAACCGGACCUGUAUCCUAGGCAGCAGGACCUGUAUCCUAGGCAGCAGGACCUGUAUCCUAGGCAACCGGACCUGUAUCCUAGGCAGCAGGACCUGUAUCCUAGGCAACCGGACCUGUAUCCUAGGCAGCAGGACCUGUAUCCUAGGCAACCGGACCUGUAUCCUAGGCAGCAGGACCUGUAUCCUAGGCAACCGGACCUGUAUCCUAGGCAGCAGGACCUGUAUCCUAGGCAACCGGACCUGUAUCCUAGGCAGCAGGACCUGUAUCCUAGGCAACCGGACCUGUAUCCUAGGCAGCAGGACCUGUAUCCUAGGCAACCGGACCUGUAUCCUAGGCAGCAGGACCUGUAUCCUAGGCAACCGGACCUGUAUCCUAGGCAGCAGGACCUGUAUCCUAGGCAGCAGGACCUGUAUCCUAGGCAACCGGACCUGUAUCCUAGACAACCGGACCUGUAUCCUAGGCAGCAGGACCUGUAUCCUAGGCAACCGGACCUGUAUCCUAGACAGCAGGACCUGUAUCCUAGGCAACCGGACCUGUAUCCUAGGCAGCAGGACCUGUAUCCUAGGCAGCAGGACCUUUCUGACGGACCAGUGUUCACCCACAGAGUCUAAAGUCUGCGACUCGGCACCAUCGUUCUUCAACUGGCUUGUUGCCAAGCAACACAUAAAGGUUCCUGUGUGUGUGUGUGUGUGUGUGUGUGCAGGAGUGAUGGGCACCGUGCAGAUGGACGAGUUUGGGGACAGACAGAUGGACUUUGCCGUGUGGGACACCAUCGACGUAGAGUCUGGAGAGUUCCAGGUAGUGUGUGUUUACAACAGCAGUAUGAAGCAGCUGAUCAUGCAGAGUGGGCGGAGCUUUUAUUGGCCAGGUGGUGCUCCGCCCACAGAUGUUCCAGAAUGCGGCUUCAAGAACGAUGGACCAGCCUGCCUCGCACGUACAGUUACGAUGCAACAGAUGGUUGCCAUAGUGAUCUGCUUUGUCUUUGUCAUCAUUGUUACAGUGACUGUCUUCAUCUACAGGAAGUUGAAGCUGGAGAGUGAGCUGGCGGCUCAGCUGUGGAGGGUUUCCUGGGACGAUGUCCAGAUGUGCAACCUGGAGAAAGUUCUGAGGAGAACCUGCAGUAGACUCACCAUGUCUAUGAAAGGAUCUAACUACGGUUCUCUGAUGACGAUGGAGGGAAACCUCCAGAUCUACACCAAGACUGGAUACUAUAAGGGGAACCUGGCCGCCAUUAAAUACAUCAACAAGAAACGAAUAGAGCUGACAAGGAAACUUCUGUUCGAACUGAAACAUGUAAGAACUCCAACUGACCCACCAACUGAUCCACCAACUGAUCCACCAACUGACCCAUCAACUGAUCCACCAACUGAUCCACCAACUGACCUACCAACGUAUCCACCAACUGACCCAUCAACUGAUCCACCAACUGACCCACCAACUGAUCCACCAACUGACCCACCAACUGACCUACCAACGUAUCCACCACCUGACCCACCAACUGAUCCAUCAACUGACCCACCAACUGACCCACCAACUGACCCACCAACUGAUCCACCAACUGACCCACCAACUGACCUACCAACGUAUCCACCACCUGACCCACCAACUAAUCCAUCAACUGACCCACCAACUGAUCCACCAACUGACCCACCAACUGAUCCACCAACUGACCCACCAACUGAUCCACCAACUGAUCUACCAACUGACCUACCAAGGUAUCCACCAACUGACCCACCAUCUGAUCCACCAACGUAUCCACCAACUGAGCCACCAACUGAUCCACCAACUGAUCUACCAACUGACCUACCAAGGUAUCCACCAACUGACCCACCAUCUGAUCCACCAACUGAUCCACCAACUGAGCCACCAACUGAUCCACCAACUGAUCCACCAACUGACCCACCAACUGAUCCACCAAGUGUGUGUUUGUGCAUCCUCCAGGACCUGAUGGAGAGUGACAACAUCACUCUGGACUGGAUGUUCAGAUACUCUCUGAUCACCGACAUCGUCAAGGGCAUGUUGUUCCUCCACAACAGUGUCAUCGUCUCCCACGGCAACCUGAAGUCCUCCAACUGUGUGGUGGACAGUCGCUUCGUCCUGAAGAUCACCGAUUAUGGUCUGGAGAGUCUGCGCACCGCCAGCUGCCCCGAGGACACGCAUGCCUACUAUGCACGUAAGCUGUGGACGGCUCCGGAGCUGCUGAGGACAGAGUGUCCUCCCCCCUGUGGGACACAGAAAGGAGACAUCUACAGCUUCAGUAUCAUCCUACAGGAAGUGGCACUGCUGCGCGGCGUCUUCUACCUGGACUCACACAUCCUGACACCAAAAGAGAUCGUCCAGGCAGUGCGUCAUGGCGGCGCGUCCCCCCUUCGUCCGUCCCUCUGCUUCCACAGUCACAGCGAGGAGCUGGGCGUCCUGAUGCAGCGCUGCUGGAGUGAAGAGCCGGGGGACAGACCGGACUUCAACACCAUCAAGAUCCUGCUGAGGAAACAGCACCGAGGUUAUGGCUCCAACAUCUUGGACAACCUUCUGUCCCGUAUGGAACAAUACGCCAACAACCUGGAGGAGCUGGUUGAGGAACGAACACAUGCGUAUCAUGAAGAGAAACGCAAGGCUGAGAACCUGCUGUACCAGAUACUGCCACAUUCUGUAGCGGAGCAGCUGAAGCGAGGUGAGACGGUUCAGGCUGAGGCGUUCGACUCCGUCACCAUUUACUUCAGUGACAUCAUUGGCUUCACCGCCCUGUCCGCUGAGAGCACGCCACUGCAGGUCGUGACCUUGUUGAACGACCUCUACACCUGCUUCGAUGCCAUCAUCGACAACUUUGAUGUUUACAAGGUGGAGACCAUUGGUGACGCCUACAUGGUGGUGUCUGGUCUGCCGGUGAGGAACGGGAAGCUCCAUGGGCGGGAGGUGGCCCGGAUGUCUCUCGCUCUGCUGGAUGCUGUAAAGAGCUUCAGGAUUCGACACCGAGCCAACCAGCAGCUGCGGCUGCGCAUCGGCAUACACAGUGGUCCGGUGUGUGCAGGUGUGGUUGGUCUGAAGAUGCCCAGGUACUGUCUGUUUGGAGACACCGUCAACACGGCGUCACGCAUGGAGUCCAAUGGAGAGGCUCUGAGGAUCCACGUGUCGGAGGCAACUUGUCAGGUCCUUCAGGAGUUCAGCUGCUUCCAGCUGCAGCUCAGAGGAGAGAUCGAGAUGAAGGGGAAGGGACGCAUGAGGACGUACUGGCUGCUGGGAGAGGACACCACUGCCUGACGGAGGAGGGGACGGAGGAGAGAGGACAGAGAACAGAGGAGAGGACAGAGGAGAGAGGACAGGAGAGGACGGAGGAGAGGACAGAGGAGAGGAAGGAGGAGAGAGG